CGAUUGUUUUGCAUCUCUAUUCUCUAAACAACAAACACGUGAAGAUUAAUAUAGAAAAUUUGUUAAAUUAAUAAAAGAAAUAUGUUUCGAAUGCCACCACAAAUCGAUCCUGCUGAGGAGAAAAAACGAACCCAAGCAGAUGUGCGUAACAAUUUUGUUUUUUUUACGGUGUUAUGUGCUGCUAUCCGAAUUGCUCCUUAUGUCUUAGGUAAAAUAAGUGCAUAGCUAUUCUUUCGAAGAAAUUUGGUUUUGGAACAUCAAGGAUAUUUAUAUCUGUCGUUUAAGGAAUGAAAUCUGCUAAAUCGAAAUGUUAUCAUAAUCAAUCUUAUACUUAUGUUAAGAUCAAAAAAUAAUUUUUGUCGUAAAGAUAUGUCAUGACUCGUUGCCUCAAGCAUUUUUCAAAUAAAUUCCGUGACGAAAUUGAA